GGUCGAACAAUGUUUGUCUGAUCGUGAAGUCCCUGAAGUAUGAAGUCAUGCCUCCCAAUCAAAUGGCCACGCUACCACCGGAGAAAGACUCCAGAUGCCAAUGCUAAAAACACGCAGAUGCCAAUGCAAAUUCUAAUAUACACAAAUAAAUCUCAUCAUAAUCACGACGUAAUCAUCUUGUCCACGAUGUCCAUCACGUCGGACAUAAAUCGCUCAGGAUAUCAUCCAGGGGUAUUAUGAUGUAUGAAAAAAAAAAUCCAGACAAUAGCCAUCCAACUCCGAUAUUGCAAAAUGUUUCCUCCC